AUGAGAGUGACCACAGCAGGAGUAGCUCUGCUACUUCUUGUACUUCAUGCCAAUAAUCCAAGUGAUGCUUGGGGACACAAUUGGCACACGGGUCCCAUUAACUGCUAUACCUGCAGUGGCGCCGAGGAGUGCGGCGAGGGCUCGGGACUGCUGCGCAAAUGCGACGGCAGCGUAGCCCAAAGCUGCAUGGCGGUCUUCGAUACGAAGGGAGCUGUGAUUGAGCGCGGCUGCAGCGAUGCUUUGGCCGAGACUUGUGCUGAAAAGGAUGCGAGUUGCUAUGAGUGCCGCUCGCAUGGCUGCAACAAUUUGAAAACGAACAAGCAGCUAAUUUCCUGUUUGGACUGCGAUGCGCAGGACGAUGGCAACUGCGUGUUUGAUCAUGAGCUCAUCACCGAGCGUCGCCAGUGCCAGGAGCAGUGCAUAACGGCGCUUUAUGCGCGCGAAAGUGAUGCGGAUUCAGCGCUGGAGCUGGUGCGCACUUGUCUGGAUGAUCUGGACUAUGAUGAUCGUGCAGCUUGCGCUGCUGGUGAACUGACAAACUGUGUGGCUUGCAACAAAGCCAAUUGUAAUACGCAUGAGCUUGGCGUGCGCGGCACUUGCAACUUCUGCAGCGAAGGCAAAUGUGAAAAGCCGCAGCCCGUCACUUGCCGUGCCGUGCCCGCCAAUGAGCAACCGGAUCACUGCUUCAUUCAGCUGAACGAAGCUGGCGAGAUCAGCGCCCAGGGCUGCCUCAGCCAAUACAAUGUCAGCGACAUCAAAGUGCUGCAAGGCGAGAAGCGCCUCUGGACUUGCCAGGGCGAGAAUUGCAACGUCGAAUCGGCACUGCCCAAGCCCCAUCCCUGCCUGCUCUGCAGCUCACACACUGCUGAACCUUGCGCUGUAGAUCCCACAAUAGUGGAGACCGCCAGUGUUUGUAAUCAUAAGCUCAUCACUGAUUGCUAUUCGCUCCUGCGCGACGAUGGACACACGGAACGCGGCUGCAUGAGCUCGUUGGAUGCUGAGGAUUAUCUGGAGUGCUUGGACGGCAGCAAUGCUACAAGAUGCACCACCUGUGCCGGAGAUAAUUGCAACAAUAAGCUGCAACCUGCGGAGCGCUUGAGCUGCCACAUUUGCGAGUCCAAUAUGAACGAGAACUGCGAGUCCGGACCAGAGCACAGCACGCUCUGCCCGCUGCAUAUGGCCGGCCAAGGAUGCACGACCAUGAUCGAUGAUGAAGGCCACACGCUGCGUGGCUGCAGCGGCUCCUUGAGCUGCUCGGGCAACGCUUGUUCCCAAUGCGCGGGUAACAAUUGCAAUUCGCAUAAUCUGAAGCGACGUGUCGAUGGCAAUCCCGGUCAAUGGGGACAGAAGCUGCCCAUGAGCUGUCGCAUCUGCAGCGAUGUCGCCAGCUGCGCCGACAGCAGCAAUGUGGACCAGCUCCACUGCUCCACCAAGGGCGAAUACUGCAUGACAGUCUUUGAUGAAGCUGGCAAGCUGGCCACGCUUGGCUGCAGCAACAGCGUAGAGUCCGCCUGGGGCAGCUACUGCGAUGCGCAUCCCGAAAGCUGCCACAACUGCAACUCGAACAACUGCAACACCGAGGACACCAAACCGGCGGACUACAAUUCCUGCAUCUUCUGCGACAGCAACUCAAAUCCCAACUGCGCCAAGAAUCCCACAGCUGUGACCAAUAGACGCCAGUGCAAUGGCCAGUGCAUGUCUGCGCUGCGUCCGAUUGGCAGUGGCUCGUUUGACUUUGUGCGUGGCUGCUUGGACGACAAGGAGCCCGAGGAUCAAAUCAUUUGUGCCGCUGGCUCCGAUGCAAAGUGCGCUGCCUGCAGCGGUGACGACUGCAAUGUUCAUGAUCUUGCCACGGGCUCCUUGAGUUGCUACGUCUGCUCGGACACCGAGGACUGUGAGAUAGCCAAUGUUGCCGUCUGCUCGCGCUUCAGCGAAAACGAUCAGUGCUAUACUUUGUAUGAUGACACUGCCUCCGUUGCUGGCAUGGGCUGUGUUUCCGAUCUGGACGAUGACUUCAUCGAGGCUAAUCUGGAGAACCUUGUCAAGUGCAGCGAUAACAUUUGCAACUCAUUCGAGAACCGUCCCACGCCCAAUGACUGCGCCGUCUGCAGUUCGCUCGAUGACGAAAACUGCGCUGUCGAUCCCUCCAAGAUUAAGGAAUUUGAAAACUGCGAUGUGCUGCCCAACACUGGCUGCAUGACCAGAGUGCAUUCGGAUAACUCGACGCGUCGUGGCUGCUUGAGCAGCUUGUCGAAGACUUUGCUGCGUGCUUGUUUAAAGGGCGAGGGCAACUGUGAAGUGUGCGAGGGAGAUCUGUGCAACAAGGAGAUUUAUCCCGCCGAUCGACGCCGCUGCCAGCGCUGCAACUCGAAGGACGAUCCCACCUGUGGCUCAUCACCGAAUCACGCCAGCGUCUGUCCACGCUACAAUCAGGACCAGGGCUGCAGUGUGAAGUUAGUAAAUGAUGCCACCUAUCGUGGCUGCCAGACUGAGUUCACCUGCGACGAGUCGGAUAAGCAAUAUUGUCGCCAUUGCGCCAAUGGUGAUAACUGCAAUGUGGUCGAUCUGAGCAUCUGGAAUAUUGGCUAUCCGGGCAACUGGGUGCAGCCGCCCAUUAAUUGCUAUCACUGCGAGGGCCUGGCAUGCCGCGGCGAAAGCUCAGGGCUGCUGCAAAAGUGCGCCAACAACAAUAAUCAAAACUGCGCCACAGUCUUUGCCAGCAACGGCUCCGUCGUCAUGCGCGGCUGUACGGAUUUGCUCUACGGGGAUGCGGAGCUGCUGCAAUACUGCGAUGGAGCGCCCAACAACUGCAAGCAGUGCAAAUCCACGGGCUGCAACAAUGCCAAGCAGCUGAGCAGCUAUGUCGACUGUCUGAUCUGCGAGGGCGCCAGCCAAUGGGACUGCGUGGGCAAAGUGGACGCCAUUACCAAACGGGUGAGCUGCCAGGGCAGCUGCUUUACCGGACUCUAUGCACGUAAUCGUUCCGAAACAGACUCGGCUUUCGAAUUGGCACGUGGCUGUCUCGAUGAUCUCGAGUAUGAUGAUCGCCAAGCCUGCACCGAGGGCAGUAAGCAACAUUGCGUUGCAUGCAACGGCGCUGCCUGCAACAAGGCCGCCGUGCCUGAAAAGCGCCUCAGCUGCAACUACUGCGACGAUGAGAAGUGCGACAAGAUUAGCCCCAAAACUUGCAGCGCCUAUCGUGAGAACGAUGAGUGCUACAUCCAUGUCGGCGAUCUUCGCAUUGAGAGCAUGGGCUGCGCCAGUGAUUUGUCCCGCAGCUUUAUGCAAACCAACUAUCGCGACUUGAGUCUGUGCAGUGGCGACAAUUGCAAUACCAAGGCCGUUAUCAAAGAGCCUGUCAUCUGCCACAUUUGCAACUCCACCUGGGACUCAGGCUGUGUCUCUGGCAAUUCUAUCUUAACAGUCGAGUGUCAGCAUUACUUGACCCCAGAGUGCUACACGAAAAUCACUGAUGACGGCAUUAUAAAGCGUGGCUGCGUGAUGGACAUCAAGGAUGACUAUUAUGAUGAUUGCAUCAGCGGUAGCAGCAGCUCCUGCCAGGUCUGCAACACUCAAAGGUGCAACUCUGAGCUUUAUCCAGCUGAUUGGCAGCGCUGCAUACGCUGCGACUCGAAGAAGGACAAGGACUGCGAGAAGAACCCCACAGAGCUGGCCAGCUACUGUCCCGUGUACCAUGAGACGGACGGCUGCUUGACAAGCUUCGAAAAGGGACGCACGCGUCGUGGCUGCCAAUCGGAGCUCUACUGCGAUGAGGACCAAACUGGCAACUGCCGCAAGUGCGAUAGCGAGAACUGCAAUACAGUUGACUUGUCCGCUGGUUAUGCCGGCGAGCCAGGCAACUGGCAGGAUCUGCCGCUUACCUGUCUCGUUUGCGACGAUGCCAAAAGCUGCGUCAAGCCAACAACCAGCAGCAGCUGCAGCGGCAACAUCAAACAAAACUGCGCAACAGUAUUCGAUGCAGAGGGCCAGGUAAUCCAGCGCGGCUGCAGCGAUGAGGUGCUAGCGAAGCAGCAAAGCUACUGCGAGGCGAACCAAGCAAAGUGCCCACAGUGCAAGUCGAACAAGUGCAACGAUGCGGAGAGUCUGGCGAACUAUGUGGAGUGUUAUCAAUGCGAUGCUGAUUUGGAUCCAAGCUGCGCUUUUGAGCUGCCAAGCAAGACGCGUCAGUGCCAAGGUGGCUGCAUAUCCGCCAUGUAUCCACGCAGCUCCGCUGCCGACUCGGCGCUGCUGCCUACACGCGGCUGCUUCGACGAUCUGGAGCUGAGCGAUCGCGAGCUAUGCGCUGCCGGCAAGCUGGCGCACUGCACCCAAUGCUCGAAGGAUCUUUGCAAUAGUGAGCCGGUGAUUAAAGAGCCGCAGUCCUGCUACACUUGCUCAAGUGCCGACUGCAUGGAUAUGGAGGCAACCAAGUGCGUUGCCUAUAAGGAGCAGCAUCAAUGUUAUUUGGCGUUUGAUCAGCUGGAUGUGGUUGCCAUGGGCUGCGCCAGCGACAUGGAAACGCAAGUGAUCAACGAGCUGGUGGCGCAGCAGCGUCUGCUCAUCUGCGAUGGACAAAACUGCAACAACCCCAACAUUAUACCCGAGCCCAACAAUUGCCUGCAAUGCAGCAGCAGCAACGAAACGCGCUGCGCCACCAAUCCCAACCAGCUGCUGGAAAUGAACGACAUUUGCUCGCAGCUGCCUUACACGCAAUGCGUUACGCAUGUAAAUCCAGUGAAUGGUGUCACCACCAGAGGUUGCCUUGCCAGUUUGCCUGCUGAGCAGUUCUACGACUGCUUGACGGGCAAGGAUUCACUUUGUGAAAUUUGCACUGGCAGCAACUGCAAUGGACUGAGCGUUUUUCCUGCCAAUCGUCGUCGCUGCCAUCAGUGCGACUCUGCCAGCAAUGGCGACUGCGCAGCCGCGCCCAACAGCGCUGCAGUCUGCGCUGUUUAUGAUGAGCAGCAGCAAUGCUUGACCAGCUUGCGUGAUGAGCUCACCGAGCGCGGCUGCAGCUCCAGCUUGAGCUGCUUGGAUGCCAGCGAUGCCAGCACUUGUCGCCAUUGCGAUGGCGAUAACUGCAACACUGUUGAUCUGGAGCGGCUGCAUGUGCAUGGCAAGCCAGGCACUUGGCAAGAGGUGCCCAUUAGCUGCCUCAGCUGUGCGGAUGAAAAGUCCUGCGCUAAGGGCGGCGGCAGCGCCGUCAGCUGCACUGGCAGCGACAAUUGUAUUACUGUCUUCUCCGCCAGCGGCGUUGUUACUCAACGUGGCUGCAGCGCCGCCGUCAGCUCGUGCGAAGCAAACCCAGAGCUCUGCCCACGCUGCAACUCCAAUGGCUGCAACAGCGCCGACAGCUUGGAUGACUAUGUCGAGUGUUUGGUCUGCGAUUCCAGCAAACAGUCCGACUGCGUUAGCAAGCCCGCAGCCUUAACCAGAACGCGUCUCUGCCAUAAGCGCUGCAUGUCCGCCUUCCGUCCACUCUACGCCGAAGACAACGAGCCCACCUAUGCGCUCAUGCGCAAUUGCUACGAUGACAUGGAAGCUGCUGAUCGCGAAUCCUGCGUCAAUAGCGCCAAACCUUACUGCGCUACCUGCGACAAGAACAAAUGCAACACUGAGGAUUUGGUUCCCAGUCGUCUAAGCUGUCUAAGCUGCCAAGGUGUUGGCUGCGUUGAGGCAAAGCCCGCCACUUGCGCCAACUAUCGCGCCGACGAUCAGUGCUUUAUACAGUUGGAUGAGCAGCAGAGCGUUGUCGCCCAGGGUUGCCUUAGCGAGUUCAGUCAUGCGGACAUUUAUUUGCUGCGCAAGGAGAAACGUUUGCUUAGCUGCGAGACCAAGGACUGCAAUACGCUGGCGCUGCUGCCAGCGUCGCAAACUUGCGCGCUCUGCAGCUCACGCACCGAUGCCAAAUGCGCUGUUAAUCCUAGCGGCAUCACUAGCGAAACUCAAUGCCAGCAUCAAGGCUUUAGCCAAUGCUAUACGCGUGUGCUGGAUGACGGCGCCACCGAGCGUGGAUGCUUGUCUAGUCUGGAGCAGGAUGAGUUCCUUGGCUGCUACAAUGGCACCGCCAAGAGCUGCGACAGCUGUUCGGGCGAUCGUUGCAACAUGAAAAAGUAUCCAGAGCAACGCACUUCGUGCCACAUUUGCAACUCCGCCAGCGAUAUUAGCUGCGAAGCCACACCCAACAGUCUAGCCAUUUGUCCAGUCUAUGCUGAGCAGGAAUCCUGCGUCACUAAUUUGCGCGGCGGCGUCACUUACAGAGGCUGCGGCAGCAGCUUGAGCUGUGAGCCCAAUGCCAAGAACUGCGUCUACUGCACUGGCGAGGGCUGCAAUGUUGCUGAUCUUUCCCAGCAUGACGAUGACAACUACGGCAAAUGGCAGGAUCUGCCUUUGAGCUGCCUCAGCUGCGAUGGCGCCGACUGCCAGAAAACCGAACUCAGCAGCGCACGCUGCACGGACAACAAUGAACAGGACUGCGUCACUGUCUUCGAUGAUAAGGGCGCUGUUGUGCAUCGUGGCUGCGAGGAUGUUGUUGCCGCACAUGCUCAGCUCGGCGGCUAUUGUGCCAGCAAUGCUGCCAGUUGUCCACACUGCAAGUCCAACAACUGCAACAAUGCCACAAAGACAACGGACUACAACAGCUGCAUCUAUUGCGAUUCGUAUAAGAGCAGCGCCUGUCUCGAUGCUGAGAGCAGCAGCGCUGGACUGAGGCGUCGUCAGUGCCAGGGAUCGUGCAUGAGUGCCCUCUAUGGCAGCAGCGAGUUGGGAUUGGAUGUUAUACGCACCUGUCUGGACGAUAAGGAGCCAGCUGAUCAGCUCAAGUGCAAGGACGGCAAGGAUGCCAACUGCUUCGCCUGCAGCGGCGCCGACUGCAAUGUUCACAGUCUGCCCACGGAUCGUCUUAGCUGCUUUGUCUGCGAGGGCGAUGCCUGUGAGCUGCCCACGACUAGCAGCUGCCCCAUCUAUAAGCCCAACGACCGCUGCUUCAUGUGGUUGGAUGAGCAAAACAAUAUCCAACAGCUUGGCUGUCUGAGCUCUUUCCGCAAUCAGGAUCUGGAAAGUGUCAUUAAGACCAAACGUAUUGCCGUCUGCGAGGGCGCCAACUGCAAUUCCCCCAUGCAGCUGCCCACGCCCGUCAAGUGCGCCGUCUGCGAUUCGCGUGUGGAUCCCAACUGCGCCACUAGCCCCGUUGCUAUCGGUAACAUUACCACCUGCGACCAAAUGCCGCAUACCAACUGCGUCACCAAAUUGCAAAGCGAUGGUUCCACUACACGCGGCUGCCUGUAUGAUCUGGACCAGGAUGAGUUCGCUGCUUGUUUAUUGGGCAUGGACGAAAACUGUGAGGUGUGCGGUGAGGAUGGUUGCAAUCGAGAGAUUUAUCCCGCUGAUCGCAUGCAGUGCUAUAGCUGCAGCUCAUUGGACGACAGCAAAUGCGAGUCGGACCCGAGUCGAAAGAGCGUUUGUGCUUGGGUUAGCGAAUGGGAGACCUGCCAAACCCAAUUGGUGAUCAGUGCGAAUGGCAAUGAGACGAGACGUGGCUGCAGCAGCGUCUUGAGCUGCGAUAAGGGAGACUAUAAAAACUGCCGCCAUUGCGUGGGCACCGGUUGCAACUCAAUUGAUUUGGCCAAUCGUGUGGACGAUGGUCAGCAUGGAUUCUUCCAGCCGCUGCCACUGAAGUGUCACACCUGCGAGGGCGAACACUGCCACAGCAGCUUGGGCCCCGCCAUGGAGUGCACUUUGAAUUCGCAGCAGGACUGUAAGACGGUGUUCGAGCUGGAUGGCAAGACGGUGCGUCGACGCGGCUGCGCUGAUGACGUGGACGACUAUGAGGAUCGCUAUUGUCGUCAGAAUCCGAAACUGUGCUUCAACUGCAAGUCGAACGAGUGCAACGAUGCCUGGGAUAGCACAGAAUACAACACUUGCACUUAUUGCAACUCCGACUCAGAUGCCAAGUGCGUUACUUCCCCGGUUAGCAAAGAUAUAGCCGAGCGUCAGUGCCAGGGCAAGUGUUUGGUAGCCGUGGUCAACAAGAAGUUGGUGCGUAGUUGCUUGGACGACAAGGAGAUCUUCGAUCGCAGCGACUGCAGCAGCGAUGCAAGCGGCAAGAACUGCGCCGUCUGCGAUUCGGAGCACUGCAACAUAUUCGAUUAUCCAGCGGAUCGCUUGAGCUGCCACGUCUGCCGCGAUAGCGAGUGUAGCUCGAGCCACGCUGAGGUUUGUCUCAACUAUGAUGAAAAGGACUUUUGCUUUGCCAAGUACACAGCGGGUGCGGUGCAGCUGAUGGGCUGUGCCAGCUCCCAAAAGGACAGCGAUCUGGCUGAGUGGCGCAAGUCGAAUUUGUUGCACGAAUGCAGCGGCAAGGACUGCAACGAUAUGAAUCGUCUGCCCAAGUCCGAAGUCUGUGUGAGCUGCGACUCCAGCAAGAAUCCCGCCUGCGCACAGAAUCCCGCUGCAGUUACGGAUACGGUGAAUUGUAAUGCGCCACAAUCGGGCGAUUGUCUCACUCGCGUGGACGCCAGCGGAAAUACAUUGCGUGGCUGUCGCAGCAGCCUGGAGGCCGACGACUGCGUUGCCAAAGGCACCUGCGCUGCCUGUGCCGGCCGCCAGUGCAACGUUGAGAUCUUCCCCGCCAAUCGUCGCAAGUGCCAGAUCUGUGAUGGAGCCACCGAAGGCUGGUGUGCCAACCAGCCCAACAAUCUGGCCGUCUGUCCCGUCUAUGCCGCCGAUGACAGCUGCGUCAGCAUGCUGGAUCUUGAUAACAAACACAAGCGUGGCUGCCACUCCCAGUUGAAGUGCAUCAACGAGGAUGAACGCUAUUGCCAGGUCUGUACGACGGAUGGAUGCAACACCCUCUGGCUGAAGGGCGGUGCCGCUGCCCUUGGCGGCAUUGGCCUAACGUUGACACUCCUUGCGUCUCUGCUGGCCAGCAUCUGGCGCCAGUGAGCUCUGCACUUUGCCAUAGCCGUAGCUACUAGUUAAAUAGUUGUACAUAGAGAAUAACUGCUAUACGAAAUACGAGUACUUAAAAAUAAAUAACAAAAGCGAUUAUAUAUAUUUAAC